UAUUGGAUGAGUACGAAGAUGAAGGAGAGGUGUGUUGUGGUGAUACCAGGAUGGGAACUGAUGAGCUACUUUAGCGAUAAGACGAACGUGUGUUGGUUCCUGCAGCAAGAUCUUGCUGAGGCGAUCAAGGCGUUACACUGUGAGAUCGGCAACGCAGCGACUGAAGAACGCUACAUCGUGGUGGGUAAUGGCUCUUCACAGCUUUGUCAAGCCGCUUUGUUUGCACUUUCUUCUCUCUCUGAGGACAAGCCUCUCAGCAUUGUCGCCGCGGUUCCUUACUACUCCACAUACGAGGAGGAGGCAUCGUAUGUUCAGUCGCAGCUGUACAAGUGGGAAGGAGACGCAAGAACGUUCAACAAACCCGGACCAUACAUCGAGAUGGUGACAUCACCGAACAAUCCUGAUGGGACCAUCAGAGAGCCGGUGGUGAACCGUGGGGGGAAAGUGAUAUACGACUUUGCGUAUUACUGGCCACACUACACUCCUAUCACUCACCGUCAAGACCACGACAUUAUGCUCUUCACCUUCUCUAAGAUCGCCGGUCACGCUGGGUCCCGCAUCGGGUGA